UCGUAUACCAUCCAUGCACCUGUAGCAGACGAGGCACGAGGAUUUCUGUCAAUCUGUCAACACGGAAGUAUUGCCGAUAGUUAUUAUUGGAUUUUGUGAUAUUUAGGUUGAUUUGCAGAUUCGCACAAUGUCGGACGAAAGGUCAUCGAUUCUUUCAGGUAGACAAACUUCAACUACACCAUCCAGUGACCCAGAUGCAAUCUACCAUGACAGUUCCCAGUCUCCCAAAGCGCGCCUCCUGCAGAUAUUGUUUGUUGUAACUGUGGUUGUCAUGGUACUGAUCAGUAUCAUACUCAGCAUCUACCGAGGCGUCAUCAUGGAAACAGCAGGGUCCAUGUAUUUCAUGCUUGGCAUCAGUCUCAUUGGUUUCGUUGUCAUAGAGAUUUGCAUGAUCCUUUUUAUUCGAAGAGGAGACUUACCCAAGGGGAAGACCUGGUUCCUUUAUUUUGUGGGAGUGUGUGUUAUUUUAGAGGCGAUAUUUACAGACGUUUUACUCUUCCAGUGAAAACACCAAGUACUGACAAUAUUUGUAUUAUUUAGGCAUGUCUUUGUCAUCACCAGAGACUGGCACCAGACAUAACGUGAUGUGCUCAAUCAAAGUAUUUCAAGAAACUCUUGUGAAUUUGACAAAUUGUUGUACAUUGUAUAUCAAAUAGGAAAUGAUGACAAAAACUGAUAAUAUAUUUGAAAAAAAUAAUUACGUUUAUCGAUCAGCAUAUGUAGUGUUUGUUGUAAUUUCUCUUCUGUUGUUGAAUAAAUAUUUGAGAUUGUCACGAUCAUGUGAUUCAGGUAGCACUUUCCAGUAGAGUAGUUAUAAUUUCAUUACUGUAAGUAAUAACUUCCACUGUGAGUAUUACCUUUCAACAGUGAUGGUGAUUAAUCAGCACUAGGCUGUUACAUGUUAGACAGUAUGAAAUGUGAGAGUGACCAUCUGUGCAUUAAACAGUCACUCUGACAUCAGUAUACAGCUAUGUAGGCAUGUCAUCAUAGAUCACAAUAUGGAUGUAUCGGUAAAUUAUUUAUUGUCAAUGCUGUAUCAGUGAGAACAUAGUGCAGCUAUGACAGCUACUGUGUAAUGAGUAUAAUGUAUUGUGGCUGUGUUACUAAUCAUUAUGAUAUAUUGAUAUACAUCACAGGCUUUCUUCAUGUUCAUUGCUCUAUGUGAAACUAUUGUACCGUGUAUGAAAUAAUGCUUUCACUUGUGCAGGGUAUAUCUAUAUUUAAUAUUUAAUGUUUUUAGAACAUGGUCAAAGUGCCUUAGUUUUGCAAAGAAAUCACGAUAUUUUUAUUUAAGAAGAUACAAAAUAUGCAUUGGGAUAAAUAUGAAAUGCAGUUUUUAGAUUUAGGUUUGAUUAAAAAGAUGGUGUUCCUUUUCAUAAUGGCAAAAUUACAUGCUGAAAUAUAUUUUCUUUGAUUUUAUUAAAAAUCAUCUGUAUAUUGAAAUGGGAGGUUCAUUCUCAUUUGUUAUGGCCACUUGUUUCAUCUACCAUUGCAACACAUGGAGACCUGGUUGACUCCACUUACCAGUAUGUUCAUGUGUGGCAUAUGUUUCAGUCCACGGUGGGGUUGACCUUGAGGCUGUAAUUCACCAGGUCGCAGGCUGUUGUGCUACAUGUUUUGGUUUACAUUAGUUGCUGCAAUGAGUGUACUGUCCAUUUUGAAGUUAAACAUAUUACAUGACCUACAUGAUCUGAAUCUGCAGGCCAAGGGGGACCGUCUUCCCAGGGCAAGGGAGUCUUUAUGAGCCCAGUUUCCACCAUUGCCAAACUUAGCUGGAAUUUCAUGGCUGUGAGUUCCGUCCCUUCUAUGUCCCUCUGAAGAUGUAUAUAGAUAUGUAUAUAUGUCUUUUGUCCCUCCUAUUCACCAAUCAGAUUCCACACCUCAUAUUCAAAUAAAAUGGCAGAGCCCAGUCAAGAUCUUUAUUGUAAUAAAACAGGUCUUACCUCGCGAAGUGCAUCAAAUCACUUAAACACCUUGUUUAAGAAAACGAAAAGAUUUGGAAAAUAUCUGUUGACACCGAGUUGAGGGUACACAUGCUCUGCAAUGGAGUGUAAUCUGCAUGGCAGUCGCCAUGUUGUUUAUGUCUGUCAAUUGUCAAUGUCAAUUUGGUUAUAAGAUUUUUGAUUGGACUAUGCAUAGACUCGUUAGUCCAGUCAAAAUAUUACUCUAUUUCAGCCUAGAUCGGCAAAGGUUGAAACUGGACAUUUUGGUCAGUUAACUCCCUUGCCUCAGAAUGAUGUUGAGGACUGAGUGGUAGCUUAGUGGUUAAACUCUUUAAUUGUUAUGCUUAUCUCCAGGGUUUGAUUCCAUAUUUAGGUACAAGUUGUGGCACUCAUUCAGGUGUCCCCUGCCAUGAUAGUGUUGUAUAUUUCUGAAAAUGGUGUAAAACCCCCGUACAAACCAUUGCUUUAUUCAAAAGACCUGGCCAUAGUGUUUUUUGUGAACGCCCAGGCCUCUAACAGUUCCAACUGUUACAAUUACAUGCAAGAUCAUUUCAAUUUAUUGUAGAUUUGAAGAAUAAUUUGAACAACACUGUUUACUUAUAUUCUGUGUUGCCAUGAAAUUUCUUAUGGUAAAGAAUUUCUUUAUUAUUUUUAAUGACAUUUCACUGCUAUGUCACAUGAAUGAAACAUUGUUAUGAAUAAUAAAGGAGUUGUGAUGGAUCCAUAAAAGUUUCGUGUCAUCACGGUCUUACAACGUCUAAGUGCCUCUCAAAGACUUCAUGAGAUUCCUGACUGAAUAGUGUGUCAUUUUUCUAGUGUGUCAUUGCGUCUGACCAUCAGCUCAUGUUGAGCUAAACUGUGGAGCUCCAGCCUUUUCUACCUACACUGCAGAGUUAGGCAGCAAUAAACAGACACUAAUUCUUACACUUGAACCAUUUUGUUAGCACCUAGUUUUUUAUAAAAUCGAACAUUCUAUUUUCUUUGUGUGCAAUAAUGUAUGUAUUUUAGGGCAGGUCAUAUACUUCAUGUAUUUCAUUGUAAUUUUGUACCUCAUACACAUGUAAUUGCUGUUUGUGCCUGAUUAGUGAUGGUAAUAGUUAUGGUUGGCUGUGUAUGUAAUACUCAAUAACAGUUGGGAGUUCAGGAUCAGCUGUUUAAGGAACUAAUGAGCUUAUGGAUAAUGAUUACCAUUGCUACAAUGUAAAUAGGAGGAAGUUAUGGCACAGGUGAUGACUCACAAUAUUACAGGACUGGCUCUAUGUUAGACUGGGUGUAAAAGUUAGUAGGUUUGUAUUGCUGUAAUAACACAUUAGGCCAGACCAAUUCAGGUUCUUGUUUAAAGAUAUUCUCGGUCAAUAUCCCAAGAGGCAGGAGGUUAAGUUCAGAAAAACGAGAUUGUUGAGCUGUGCAUGUUAAACAUGUGGAGGUUGAAACCAAACAAUAAUUCACCAAUAGAUGUUAUUUUCACUCAUAAAAAACAUUUGUUCUUUAAAAAUAAUUUAUGGCAGGUUUGUCCUUGCCACAUGGGCCAGUGAAGUAAUUUAUGAUUAAAGCAUUCACUCCCAUUUCUUGUGUCUUCAGCAGUGAUAUUGCUAAAAGCAGUGUACAACUCUACUCGCUCUUUUCAACAAGAAAUUAAAUUGGUCUGGUCUUGACAUUUCACAACACUGAUCAGUUAGUGAUAUACCCUGUGAAAUAUCCCAAUUGUCAGAACAUUGACAGUAAGGUUUAAAAACAUUUUUAUCAUGUGUUUUGUUAAUUAAUUGCCACAUGGGUACACAUAUAUCAGCAUUUAUUUUCUAAACAGUAUUUUGACAUGUUAGUAGAUGGUUCAGAUAUUAUUUUUGAAUUUGUGUGAUCUCCAGUUCUGUGAUCAGAUAGGAAUUGGUGAUGUGGAUUCUUUUGCUGGUGUUAUGAUACUUUGAUGUUGUUACCCAUGUCUAAGGUGUUUUCCAAUAUUUUGUUUUUUGGGAAAUGUUCCUUAGUAGCUAGCUUAUGUUAAUGUAGGCAGUCAUAGAUAAUCACUUAUGACCUGUCUUGAUCUCAGUUCAAAAUAUUCCUCUACAUUUAUAUUCAUUGACAUAUUAUGUAGUUCAGAUAUUCUGAAAACCAGAGUAUGGGUGGUUGGGAAGUUUUUUUCGUAGUGUUAAGCUCUGUAUUCCAUAAAACUGAGGGUAUAUCAACACCGUUAGAACUCAAAUAUGUCUGGGUGCACAUCCUCCACAGGUUAUAAUGAAUGUAUUACAUUACCCAAGUUGUGUGGACCUCUCAAACUUUAAGACCUGUGAAGAUCCGGGGUAGAAUAGGUCUUCAGCAACCCACGCUUGCCGUAAAAGGCGUCUGUGCUUGUCGUAAGAGGCGACAAACGGGAUCGGAUGGUCAGGCUUGCUGACUUGCUUGAUGCAUGACAUCGUAUCCCAAUUGCGUGGAUCGAUGCUCAUAAUAUCAAUCACUGGAUUGUUUGGACCAGACUCGAUUAUUUACAGAUUGCCGUCAUAUAGCUGGAAUAUUGCUGAGUGCCGCGUUAAACAACAAACAAACACUAACUUUAAUGGUUUUGAAAAAAUGAAAGUAGUUGAUCCUUGAUUAACAUAAUCGACAUGUACUUUCGUUUUGGUAACAUCUCUAUAAUUCCUCAUGACAUUUUACUAAGGCUGAGGAUGGUGUGUGUAUUAUUACAACAAUAGAUUAUUCAGUUUCACCUUAUAAAUCAAGGGACGUGUGUGUGUAUUGGGUAGGGGUUGGGGGGUGAAUAGUAGUUAUUUUGGCAAAUAAGACUUCACUUUGUUUGAAAUUUUUAUUUUAGAAAAGACAAAUUUCACGAUGUGUUUUGAUAAACAAGAUUUUUGUGAUUGUGUUAUGACAAAGUGGGUAUUAUGUUGACACUGAUAAGGAUGGUUAGUACGUGAUUUGAUAAGAAAGACAAUUCCCUAGUUGAUUUAGUUUAGAGUUCCCACCUUAUCCAGUAUUGUGACAUUGUGGUGAUUCUGUUGUUACAUAGGUUAGCGUUUGAAGUUUGUUCAAACAACAUCUUAUGACAGCUACAGAACAGUUGUAAGAAGAUCAAAUGCUGUAUUUUAUGUCACGUAUGGGCCUUUGUUAGACAAGGGAUUAUAUACGAGAGUACAUUCCUGGUUAAACCAGUUGUUGAAUUGUAUCAGAAAGAUUUGAGCUUUACCAUUUGUUAUCCCAUGCAUACUGUUCAAGUUCCAAUAUUCCCUGUACUCUCCAGGUACAUAUGAUACAUUUGUUUAAAGAGUCAUAUUCUGCUUUGUUUAUAAGUAUUGUUAUAAAUGCGUCAUUGAUUAUUAAUAAAAGAAAGUCAU